CGUUUUCCAACUAUAUACGAAACUCUAAUGAGGAAAGUGUACGAUAGAAACGAGCCAAACAGGUUCAUUAGUUGAAAUAACCCUUGAUGCAAAUUGCUAAGUGCGAACGUGUUUACCUGCCUGCUGUCUGUCUCAAACUCUUUAUCACAACACUUAAGUGCCAAACUGUGAUAGAAACACAAUAAAAAACAAAGUUGUUAGAAAGUAAAAACAAAAAGGCCAUAAAUAAUUAAAAACAUUAACACUUCAGAAUAUCGGAUUGAUAGUUAAAUUGAAAAGGCGUAGUGACAAUUAAACGCAACGAAAAUGCAUAUGAAACACGGGUGCACGUCGACGCCCUUACUGCUGUGGCUGACCGUCAUCACAUUUUCCGUGCUGUACAACAACAUUGCAUGCAUAGAAAUUCCAACACGUUUCCUAUACAAGCGCAGCGCUGACGCGGAUAACACAGCGGCGACUGGCGAUGCUGGUGAGCGGGCGCGAACGGACGGCACAAGUGAUGAGAAUAUGUUAACCUUCUACAAAGAGCUGGCCAAUGUGACAGAUGUAGAGGACUUAAUAGAACGCUUCGUCGAUAAGGAUAGCAUUGAUCCCCAGCUAGGCUUGCAAGACACCUUCAGACGCAGUGUGGAGCGCGCUAAUGUAGUACAAGCUAAGUCGGCUGCUUGCAUGCCCGAGAGCACCGUUGUGCCGCUCAUACCGCUGGAGUCCUCGAAUGAUCCAAAAAUCGACUAUUUUCCAAAGUGUACGCGUGUGAAGCGCUGCGGCGGCUGCUGUGGCUCCCAACUGAUGUCGUGUCAACCUGCCGAGACGGAGACAAUCAACUUUGAGGUGAUUCCUUUUGAAGUGGUCGGCGGCAGAAAAAUGCGCCUUCGUGGCAAGGAUAUUGUCGUAGUCGAACAGCACACGAAAUGCAAAUGCGACUGUCGCAUUAAGGCGGAGGUAGGUAGUCGGGACUGCAAGCAAUAUCAGAGAUAUCGGCCGGACAAGUGCAGCUGUGAGUGUACAAAUGAAGAUGCGAUGCAGAAAUGCUAUGAGCAAGGACACAAAUACUGGGAUGAUACGGAAUGCCGUUGUGUCUGCCGUGACAGCCAGUCCUGUACGACCGGCACGAUAUUUGACGACAGUCAAUGUGCCUGUAUCGAUAUAAACCAGAUUGAAUACGCGGUGUAAAAUUAGUUGAAAUAGCACACAGACUAAGAAUAAAACCAAAAAAAAAAAAACAAAUUUAAAAAAAAAAUUAGUAAACUGACGCUAAAAUGCAACACUGUGUAUUAAGAACAAAAAACAACAAAUGAAACACUUAACAUUUCGAUAAAAAAAACCGUAAACUAUAAUGCGACUAGUGCAAUUAUAUAAUAUAUUUUUGUAAGGAAACACAUACACACAAUUACAAAAUACUAUUAUGAAUGUAGUAUGUAUGUAUGAAUGUUUUCAUAAACUCAAUAUGUACAUAUAAUACAAUAUAAAUGGGCUUAAUUAGCACUUGUGAUUCACAUUCUAAAUGAAUAUUACAAAUAAUUACUACUUGUUUAAGGCAUUUUAAA